AAUCAUGACUAUUAGAUGCAACCUAACUAAAAAUUUAGAUCAAGCUAAGUAAACUAAAACAAAGUUUCCCUUAGCUUGCAAAGUAUUACACCUAUUCUCUCCAAUUACUUCCAAAAAAUGAAUAACCUUAUCAUUUUCUCUACUUUUUCUCUCUUGGUUUCUCUUUCUCAUGCUAUUGAAUUUGAUUUUUGUGUAGGAGACUUGAGUCUCCCAAGGGGACCACAAGGGUAUGCUUGUAAGGAUCCUGCUAGUAUCACAACAGAUGAUUUCGUUUACACUGGUUUUCGUGGUGAAAGAACCACCACAAACAUAUUUAAAAAUAAUGUGACUCUUGCAUUUGCCGAUGCAUUCCCAGCAUUGAAUGGUCUUGGUAUUUCUAUGGCAAGACUAGACUUUGGUGUAGGUGGAGUGAUACCAAUCCACUCACACCGAACAUCAGAAGUUAUUAUCUUAACAAAAGGGUCUAUAAUUGCAGGAUUCAUUGACACAACCAACACUGCAUAUUAUAGAAGACUUAAGGUUGGAGACGUUAUGAUCUUUCCACAAUCCAUGCUUCAUUUUCAAGUUAAUGUUGGUAAAACUCCAGCUACUGCAUUUGUUAGCUUGAAUGGCGCAAAUCCAGCGAUACAACUCACUACCACCGCGUUAUUUGCUAGCAAUUUGCCUGCUGAUAUUGUUGAUCAAAUCACUCUUCUAAGUAAUGAAGAAGUAAUGCGGCUAAAGAGGAUAUUUGGGACUGCUUAGUUCCUUUCGAGUUAUUGUCUACUUUUCUUACUAAAAGUUGUGUUUUAGCACUCAAAUAAUAAUAAUACUCAAAAAGAGAGUGUGUAUCCCUCAAAAAAGAAAAAAGUAUGUGAGUGCUUGUUCUCUUUUCUUAUUCUAACUUUGGAAGUUUGUGCAAAUGUUACCUUUUAUAAUUUAUCCGCAAUAUUGAAUAAUAAUUCUUAAUCUUUGCUUCA